CACGUCCCAAAGUCGAAAGAGCUGCAUGUGGAGGGGACGGAGGGUACGAUAGGGGGCGAGGGGGGGGAGCAGGAAUCGCCCAUGGAAGGCCAUUCGCUGGAAGCAUUGACACUGGGGUUUGGCAGAGACGGCAUAUCAAGGGAGCAAUUCCUCGCACUGGCUAGGGUUGGCACGCAAGGAACGACGCAUAUCAGUCGUAGUGGAAGCUUACACUCUCAAGGGACUUUCGCCGGUGAUUCAGGAGGUCAAAGACCUAUCACUCCAGCGGCGAUAGUGGUGGCCACAGCUACACGCGCCGACAAAACAUAUGUCCAGCCUGUACAACCUCGCUGCGUCGAUCCGUCGAACACCGUAGCUGGGUCAUUGGGCAGGGUACUUCCACUGGCAAACCUGGCAAGCGCGGUUGUCCACGGUGUCGCCAGCACCGGGGGCAAGACGCGAGAAGGGGGGACACGCGAGGAGGCGAGAAGAAAAGAGGAGACGACAGAGCGUACUCCGCUGGUUGUCGACGACGACAAAGAGCCUCUCACAAAGAGGAAGAAAAGAUCCCGGCAGGAGGAGGACUUGGAUGCAAGGUCCAAGUUGUGGACAAAUGGAAAAACAUUCUCGGGGACCGGACCUGGUCGCCUCAUCGCCGAUGUUGUGCACUCUUGCGCAGACUAUUGUUGCGCAAUCGUCAAUGGUGACGUUGGCGCCAGCGCUCUCGCAGGCCUGAUCAUGCCAACAAACGACAUCCCCUGCUUCCGAAUCAAAGAUCCAGCGCAGCGCGAGCCAUCUCUUCGCAGGGCGAGGAAGACGGAGAACGUGGCCAUGCGCAUGAUCCACGGAUGGAUCUUCGGGUCCCCUUCCAGAGCCAAUGGUUUCGCCCGCGCGGAGUCGUAUGUCUCGGUUGACUACUUGAUGGAUCUGGCGAGAGCAGUGUGACAGUCCCUUGAGUGGUCGAGGGUUGUUUUUCCCAGUGUCGUUUAUCACACGCUCGCCCUCAAAAUGAACAUUAUGUUGUGGU